CACGGAAGGUCAGGCACGUCGGUGUCAUAACAACAACUUCCCUGUAAAAAGAAACAACGGAAAAUAUAUCAGGUUUUAUUUUGGCUAAAAUAACUCUUCUGAACUUCGUGGACUCAAAGAAACAGAAACAUGAGAUCCUGAAGUUAGAGAGAAGAACUGAAAAGGAGCAUCAUGCUGAGUUUCUUGGGACUCCGUAAAGAGUCGAAGAAAUCUCCGUCAGAGAAGGAAGCCGACGGAGGCUUCGUCAUCGUUGGAGAGACGCUGGAGGAGCAGAGGGGGAAGACUCAGAGUCUGAACGUCGCUCAGCCGUCUUCAGGGUACGUCAUCGUGCAGCCGCCCAAGGCCUCCUGUCCGUACCCCUCUCUCCCCUCUGAGGCCUCCUGUCCGUACCCCUCUCUCCCCUCUGAGGCCUCCUGUCCGUACCCCUCUCUCGCCUCUGAUAUAAAGCGUCCCGCCCCCCUUCCUCCCCCCUCCUCCUCUUCCUCAGUGGGGGAGUCUUCCUCCGUCCUGCCGGACCUCCUGGAGGACGUCCCCUUCUCUCUGUCUCCUCACGUCCUCACAGUGAUGUCCAGCCUGCAGCUGAUCCCAGACCUGCUGCUGAACCCAGAGCUGAGCUACAACCUGAGCAGCUUCCAGUACGACUUCAGCCUGGAGAACUCCGUGCUGCGCAACGCCUAGUCUGCUCACUAUGUCAGGGAAGAGUCUUUCUGCUGUCCCUUUUCCUCCAGUGUCCUAUAGCUGUUAGUGCAUGUAAAUGGUCUGCAGAGGCUCAAAUCCGCUGUUCCUGAGCCUAUAGUGACAUCGAUAGCUCUCCAACACAUGGUACGUGAUAGGCUAAGGGGCGGGACAUCUCUAAGCUGUUGACCAAUCACCAGAGAGCCGGCCAGCUAACUUAAAAAAAUAGAGAAAUUGAUACAAAAAAGAAAUUCUGACUUUAAAAAAAGACUUAGAAUAAGUGUCUUUCCCUGGUUUGAGGGUCUGCUUUCUGUUAUUAACCACAUAGCAAAGGGUUAUCUAUUUUGUUUUGUGGAAGCACCAAUAUUUGCAGUAUCUGGGAUCCAGACGUCGUGAUAACUCGCAGUGCUGGAGGUGGAAGUUUAAACAAGACGCUGGUCUACAAACUACGGACGAAUUUAAGAGAUGAUUUUGCAAAGACCACGAAAUAAAAGCCUUUAUUGGAAUAAACUGCAAAGUCAUCAGGUCAUUUAAGGACGUUGCACUUAAAGCAAUGACUGUAAUUACAUCUUAGUGACAACAAUCUCCUUCCCACGUCAUUAAACACAGUCUGCAGUAAAUAAGGGACAGAAAUAAUAAUAUCUAUUCAUGUGCAGCAUGUCGGGAACUGCUUUUACUGACGAGCUCUUGUGCAAUUUAUAUAUAUUUGACAUUUUAGGAAAUACUUUUUGACUCAAACCCUCUCCAUGUUUGAGUUCGGCUUCCUUUCAUUUGUCGUUGCUUUAUCCAUUAGUUCACCUGGGUUCACGGCACUCGCUUAUAUCAAACCAUCAAAUCGUUUAGUUUCUGCACGUGUGACUCCUGUAGACAUCGCCCGUCAGAGAGGAUCCAUGUUUACAUUUAAUCAAAGAUGUGUGUGUGUGUGAGGUGUGUUUUGCUUUUGGUUGUGUUUUAAGUGUCUGGGGAAAAUCACUUAUUGUAAUUCUUUAAGAGCUGAGACUUUAAUCACCUUAAUAGAAACAAGUACAUGUUUACCUGCUGUCUUGAUAAAUUAACGCAGUAAAACAACAAACAUACGGACCCUCGUGAUGCCCUAGCUUUAAUGGUCAAAGCCCAACCUGUCCUCUUGUAAGCCACUGAAAUAAUGAAGUCAAACUAGUAUUGCGUAACUCUGUUGUUACUGAUGGAGUGACUGCAGGUAAACCACAUUAUCCUGACUUUAGAAGAGCAGUUAUAGUGAAAGUAGCUCAAGUGUCUGCGGGCGUUGUUAUUGCACAGCCUCUGUGUUCUAAUCAUUUGAUUCUUUGAGAAAUGAUGGUACUUUCAUCAACCAAGUAACAAUCUGUUGUAUUGCUGUGAAAACACAGGACACAUCACUUCCUCAUGUGUGUAUGUGCAGUACAUGAAUACCACGGGUGUUUUCUUUUGAAUAAGUGUGUACAUAUGAGCGUUUAAAACCAAGUAGAAGAAUGCAUAAGGUGAGGAUUUAACCCAGGACUUGUCUGUACCUUUGGAUUGUUUGUACCUGAACAAACCUGAUGUGCCUUUAAUAAACAGCCAGUCUGAUGGUCUUUUAGGAUGAAGUACUAAUAAAAAAAAAAGGUUGAACCGUC